CGAUUCUAUAUUUUACCUUGGUGUGCUAAAUGCGUCGUACCGUCCUGGAGUAGCAACCAUCAUACUCGGUCAUCUUUUGGUCUCAGAGCUUAGUCUAAUCGUACCUGUGCUGAACAGCCCUCAACAAUAUGAUCCAAAUACACGUGCAGCCAUCAUCGAACCCCAAACCUCUUCUCCUCCUCUCGGGUGAACUCCAUCCACGGUCCACAUAUCCCUAUACCCCGUCUUCUCCUUCCACACUCCACUAAGCCCAUCCUCGAUCCUCAUCGUUUUGCUUCAUCGUAUCAUCAUGCCCGGUAGCGCAGAAAUCCAAUCUAUUAGACUUGAAGUUAUCGGUGGACAGAAUCUUCAAAUCCCUUCCCAUCGCAUGUCCGCUGGUAUUUACAUAUCCAUCAAUGUCGAUUCGAGAAGACGCUGGAAAUCAGCCAUUAGAGUCUUGUCAUCCGACAAAUCUGUAGCGUGGGGAGAUUCCGUGACCCUAUCAUCACACGAGUCUCCUGCAUUAUCAAUGGAGAUUAGAGCUUCAUUUGAGCUCGAUCGAACGCUGGGCAGUGGUGAAAUCAUCGGAAGACUUCAAACAUCGUGGGAUGAGUUGCUCGGUCAUGGAGAUGAACAAUUCGAACUAUCCUUCCCACCCGUUCGUGGUGUCACUCCUUCGCUCACGCUGAAGGCCACUGUUGUGCAUGCUAGUGAUGAUCAGGACGGCACACUACUUGAUUCCCUCGUGGACUGCGAGAUUGCUCGAGAGACAGAUGCAGGCCACGUUCGAUUCACCAGAUACAUGAGGCACAAGUGGGUCUGUCAGCUGAACGAUGCUGUAGAGCGUUUUCAAUUGGUUCUGGACCGCUGUCCGGUCGACCAUCCUGACCACGCAGCGGCUCUCACCAACCUCGCGCGGGCCCGCCUUUUAGGCUAUAUUCGAAACGAUCUGCAAGACAUUGAUAGCACCACUUCCCUCUUCCGCGAAGCCCUUGCAUUGCGUCCGCAGGGCCAUCCAAACCACACAUUAUCUCUCUUUCAUCUCAUUUUCGCAUUGAACUGGCGCUACAGCAAGGAGCGCACCGCCGUCUUCAUUCACGAAUCCCUGCAGCUGUGCUGCAAGCUACUGCCGCUCUGUCCAGAGGGCACCUACCUUCGUAGCAUCGGCGUAGACGAUGCGGUUGAUUAUGUGAUUGACGAAUGCAACGAUCUUCCGAUUGAUGCAUCUGACGAAGACAUCCACCUUCGACGAGUCGUGCUCGAGCUCUGCCCUCUGGGCCAGAAAUACCGUCCAAACGCACUUGACAAUCUUUCAUGGGCUCUCAAAACACGCUUUAGACAGCGCGGCAGCAUUGAUGAUAUAGAUGAGAGCAUACAACUUGGUCGUGAAGCCGUUUCUCUGUGCCCUGAGGGACAUUAUGACCGUGGCGACUACCUGAACAACUUGGCCCUCUCACUCGAAUCCCGCUUUCAUCACCAAGGAAAAUUUCAUGACUUCGACGAGGUCAUCUCCAUGUACGAAGAAGCGCUGCGCCUGAGUCCUGUUGGGCACAAAUGUCGUGAUUUCUCAUUGGACAACCUAGGGGGCGCCCUCUGCACCCGUUUCAAGCAACACGGUGAUAUUGAUGACAUAAACCGAGCUCUCAGCCUCUAUCGCGAGGCACUGAUGUUGUGCCCACCUGGGCAUCCACGUCGUGACACCACACUAAACAACCUUGCCCUCGCACUCAAAACCAGAUAUGUCAAAUUGCAUGUCAUCGAGGAUCUUAACGAGGCCAUUGAUCUGUAUCACGAAUCUCUUCUGUUAAAGCGGGCUGAUGAUCCAGAGCGCCAUAGAACUCUUAACAAUUUGAGCUCGGCGCUCUGCUUUCGUUUCACGCGAACUGGGCAGAAUGAGGAUGUCGAGGAGGCUAUUCGACUCUCCCAAGAGUCGUUGGUGGUUUUGCCUUUACUGCACCCGGAUAGAUACUUCAGUUUGAGGUGGCUGCAGGAAGCCUAUCUGUGUCGUUACCAAGUGCAACACAACCCUGCUGACUUGUCGCUGGCGAUGGAGAACUCCAGACUGGCGUCGAGACACCCCACUCAAGGAUUCCCAGCACGCAUCAAUGAGGCAUAUCAUUGGACUGUCAAAGCAGAGCAGCAUGAUGAUGGAUCCGCACUUGAGGCUUACUCAACAUUUUUCGAGCUUCUCGAUGCUCAUUUGGGAACACGAUCGUCGACCACUUCGCGGCGCGAAGCUGCCGCUGCCUUCCACUAUGCCAGAUCACUACCUGUGGAUGCAGCAUCAUGUGCCAUCCGCAGUGAAAAUAUCCAUCGUGCAGUCGAACUUGCGGAGCAGGGCCGUGGCCAACAUUGGUCAUUGGCCUCUCGCCUGAGGAGUCCACUCGAAGACCUCCAGUCUACGAAUCCCAAGCUAGCUCACAAGUUCUCGGAGCUCAGCAAACGUCUUUCUAACGCCCAGGGUUCCACAGGCAGUACAGACCGAGCUGCUGCUGAUCGAGCAGCAACAGAGUAUAGGAGACUUACAAGGCAAUGGGAUGCUGUGGUAGCUGAGAUACGUGAUCUUCAAGCUUUCUCGCGGUUCCUACUUCCACCUUUGUACGAAGACUUGAAAGUGGCAGCUCGCAAUGGCCCGGUCAUCAUCCUCAUUGCCAGCCAAUACUCGUGCAGCGCCAUCGUUGUCCCGACUUCAGGAGAGCCCCGUCAUAUUCCCUUGCCAUCUGUCACUCUCACAGAUCUGGAGAUUCUCAAGGGUCGCUUUGCCAGGGCGAUACAUGAAGCAUCUCGGAUGAGCCUAACAGAUUCAAGGACAGACCUAAUAGUCCUAUUGCGGAUAGUAUGGGACGAAAUCAUGCUACCCAUCGUCAACGUGCUUGAGCAUGUCCUCAAAUUAAAGCGUGGAUCUCGAAUCUGGCUGUGUCCAACUGCAGCUUUCACUUCUAUUCCUCUCCACGCAGCUCACCCCUUUCAAAUGAAGGCGGAUCGCUCUGGGAAGGAGCCAUGCCUGGAGGAUCUCUACAUAUGUUCUUACACGCCGACACUUUCGGCGCUGAUCAGAUCUAGGCAGAUGAUGAAGAAACGUCUUGUGCCUCCAUCCUUUGUGGCGGUUGGGCAAGGCCAACCGGGUGGAGGGAAUGGCAAGGAGCUCUUAGCUGUCGACAGCGAGCUCGAGCUUGUCCAUAAGCUCGUCCCCGCGACGGCCAAUCGUUCCACUGUUUCUGGCGACGCAGCCACACGAGCAGGUACACUCGAAGCCCUGGAACAGAACACUUGGGUGCAUCUCGCAUGUCACGGCAAGCAGGACCACGAUCAGCCUUACGAUUCCCAUUUCGUCAUGAAGGACGCACCUCUCACGCUGCUCGACAUCAUGGAGAAAGAUAUUCCACACGCGGAGUUCGCGUUCUUGUCGGCGUGUCAUACCGCCGUCGGUGAUGAGGAGACGCCUGACGAAGUCAUCCAUCUCGCAGCUGGACUUCAGUUUUCAGGGUUUAAGAGUGUCAUUGGCACGCUGUGGGAGGUCGAUGAUGCUGUCGCCAAACACGUUGUUGAAGCUUUCUACGAGAAUAUGGUCAAACAUGUGGAGGAUGGCGGGUUCAUGGACUGUACGAAGGCGGCUUGGGCACUGAACCGUGCAACUCACGCUGUGAAGACGAAGGUGCCGCUCGAGCAGAGGAUGGUUUUCAUUCAUAUCGGUGUGUAGUUCCUGCUGUAUUACUUUGUUUUCAUCAUGUACGGUUUCACGGGUUCUUUAAUUCUUUUAGUCUACGUUGUAACCUAAGUUGUAGGAACCACUCAAAUACCCUGUUACAUCCGGCACGUUCUCUUGUGCUAUCUUGUUUUCACAUUCACGUUCGCUUUGCAGUGUUGUUUUCCACUCUACAGUCUUCACUGACGUGUGUAUUCGAAUAUUUGCGACAUCAUCUCGUACUACCUCAUCAAUCUAUGCUCACGCCUCC